AUGCCCCCCGUACCUAUCGAGCAAGACUCGCCACGGCCCACAGCACAGUCUGCCCCGAUGGAUACGCCUGCUGCGCGUCUUCGUGCGCUGCUCGCUCGCGUACCCAACUCGAACUCAUCUGCGACCCCCCGCGCGUCCAACGAACGCGUCUCUGGAUAUCAAACACCGUCAGAAGCCGACUCCGACCUUGACCCGCCUUAUUCCACGCUAGCAACGCCGAGUAUCGCGCGGGAGAGCUUGAGGGAGCUGUUCUCGCAUGUGCUGCGUGAUCCCGGAAACACUCCACGGAAAGGUAGGCUCCGCAGAAAUAGCAUCGGCGGCAACGAAGUCGACCCAAGCCCACGCGUGGCGCGGAUUGAGGAGGAACGGUCGCAGAACAAGGGCAAGCGACGGAGCAUGAGCGACGAGGAGGCUGAGCAUCUGUCGAGUGGGUAUCUGUCUCGCAGAUAG